AUGGUGGAUCAACACAAGGGUUUUGAUUUUCCUGUAGACACCCUUCUGCCAGCUCCGGGUGCUUUCACUCUUGAUUGGGACUUGAAUCAACAAGAAUUGAAGAUUAGACGACACGGGGUAGUUUAUUGGAGUACUGGAGCUUUUAUGAAUGAGAGGUUUAAAUUUAUGUUGCCUGAUGAAACCAAGCUGAGGUAUAACUUUAGCAUUCUUUCAAAUGAAGAUGAAGACUCCUUCACUUACAAUCCUGUAGAUCAAAGUGGUAAAUCAGAAUUUGUGAUAACCAUAAUGGGGAGACUGUAUGACUUUGACAGGAAAAUUGAUAUUGCAGAAGCAGAUUACUGUUAUGGCUCUAACACUGAUGCAGGGUGCCAGACAUGGGACCAACCGACUGUAGGAAUGAUGGUAAUAGAUUUGAGCAAGGAAGUGGUUACUUUAAUGUGUCGAUUUUGGACUGGAAACUGGGAGUUUGUUCAAGAUCGGUCAGGUUCUAGUUCAGCCAGUAUUUAUUUUCUAACAACAAUGGAAUUGCGCAGUCAUAAGCAUAAGAGGAUAAUAUGGAUUUGCACUGCUACUGCUGCUGCUUCUCUGUUGAUAGUGGUGCUUUUGCGUCAUGUGCUGUCUAUUAACAAGAAGAAAUCUUUUACUUCCAGGGCAAAGGUUGAUCAGAAGGAACUUCUUGACGUAAAGAAAUCGUUCACAUGUAAUGAUGUCAAUGGGCUUCAAGAAGAUGGAGAGAUGGAACAUGAUUUAAGAGUAUUUAUCUAUGCAUCUCUUAUGGCUGCCACAGGAGACUUCUCCGAGGAAAACAAGCUUGGAGAAGGGGGCUUUGGACCUGUUUAUAAGGGAAAACUUAUGACAGGACGAGAAGUAGCUGUAAAGAGGCUUUCAAGAUGUUCGGUGAAAGGAUUGGAGUUUAAGAAUGAACUGACACUCAUAUUUGAGCUAGUAACAUACUACUUGAUGGAAAUAUGA